GCAAGUUGCACCAAGACCAGAUGCUGGCGAGUCCGACAGUGCACCCUCAACCGGUCAAUUGGAGGAACGAGUUGACCAUGUAGUCACAAUGCUCGGCGGCAUCAGCACCUUCGCCGCAUCAGCCACCAUCAGCGAGCACCUCAGCACCUUGCAGACCGAACUCAGGCAGUUGUACCAGCCGCCCGACAACGAUCGCAGCACCAGUGCAUUAAAGCACUACAAGAUGCCGAUAUUCCGGAUCGAGAAAUUUGACGACUAUACGCAUCAGAACCCCGUCGUUCGGUGGCAAGGCUUUACAACGGAGCUUGGGAUUCAUGAACAUUUGUACUUCGUGGCAUUGUUCCUCAACAUCCAGGGCAGAUGCCAGAUCUGGCUCAGCCAUAUCGCAACCAUCCACGACGUCCAGAUCAGCAACUUAUACAAGAAGAUCUCCUGGGAAGAUCUAACGAGAGAAUGGAAGAAGCAGUUCAUUGUUGACGAUGCCCCGGUGGUCGCCAUCAACCGCCUCUUCACCAUGACUCAAGGCAACACAUCGAUGCGCGAUUGGCUCACGGAAUGGCAAAAGAUCGUGGCAACACCUGAUCUCGACUUGUUAUUUCUGCAUAUGCGCCGAGAGUUCUACAACCGGUCGUGUGCCGCCUUGAGCCUCGCACUCGGUGAUCGCGAACAGUACACGGCCUUCGUCGAAAUCAUCGACAAGGGUCGUGAGAUCAUCAAGAGCAACCAGGUUGUUGCACACGAGAAGACAGCAUGGCAGCCAAUCCAUGUGGAGAAAGGAAAAUUUGGUCCGCGUCCACAGCAUGUUGUUGCUAUCCAACCGGACAACAUUGUGGAAGACUUGGCAGCCACCCCAGCAUCACAUGAGGAAGAUCAGGGGGUUGCCGUCCAACCGCAAAGCAACAACAACUCCCGUGGAAAAGGGAAGGCGAAAACCGCAUCACCAACCGGAAAUGGACAGCCAGUACCAUGGGUCAAGUUCAACUUGACCGAGGCCGAAUACAAGUACCGCAGUCGACACGGCCGCUACUAUUGGUACAACGGCACCAAGCACAAGAUUUCCCAAUGCCAGGAUCAAGGCAAGGAGGAUGUUCGGCCUCAAAUCAGCUCGGGAAACUGAGCUGCGCAGGAGGUGAGGUGACUCCACCUCUCACUCCACCAGAUUCGGUUGCCUUGCUAGCGGCCUCCUACACAUCUG